ACAUUGGUAACAUCACCCACUGAAACAUACGAGAAGGUACUGCCAAAUAUAAAGAAAACGGAAGGUGGACAGCAUGGGGCAACAGUAUUAGGCAUUCACUUAGAGGGUCCUUUUAUUAGCCCAAGCAAAAAAGGAGCUCAUCCAGAAAAACACAUAAAGGAAUUUGAAAAAGGUUUCCAAUCAUUAAUUGACACUUACAAAAGUUUGGAAAAUGUGUGCCUUGUUACAUUAGCGCCAGAGCUUGCAAAUGCUCAGUCUGUAAUCUCAGAGUUGUGCCAAAGAAAUAUUAAAGUAUCCCUUGGACAUUCUAUCGCAAAUUUGCAAGAAGGAGAAGAAGCUGUAAAGAGUGGAGCUUCCUUUAUCACUCAUCUUUUCAAUGCAAUGCUACCAUUUCAUCACAGAGAUCCAGGGUUGGUGGGUCUUCUAACAUCUGAUCAAAUCCCUCCUGAAAGAAUUGUUCAUUACGGUAUAAUUGCUGAUGGGAUUCAUACGCAUCCUGCAGCAUUGCGCAUCGCUCACAGAACUCAUCCCGAAGGGCUCGUUUUAGUGACUGAUGCGUUAUCUGCAUUAGGAUUAGAAGAAGGUGUGCAUCAAUUAGGCCAACUUAGGAUCGAAAUGCGUAUGGGACGUGCAUACAUUGCUGGAACAGACACAUUAUGCGGCAGUACAGCAGAAAUGUCAAAAUGUGUUCGUCAUUUCAAGGAAGUGACUGGUUGUUCAAUAGUGAAAGCUUUGGAGGCUGCAACCCUUCACCCAGCGAGGACUCUCAGUAUUGAAAAAACGAAAGGAGUGUUGAACUUCGGAGCCGACGCUGAUUUGGUAAUGUUAAAUAAGAAUUUAGAAUUGUUAUCGACGUGGAUAUCGGGAGAGUGUGUUUACAGAAAGUGCUAUUGCUAUUCUGAUUGUGAGCACUCUCAAUGAGACGCAGCAUACCUUUAUAUGUGAUAAGGACUGCACGAGAUUAUCAUUUUUUAACAUUCGAUUAUCGGACUGUGAAUUUUAUGCAUUCAUAGAAGACUCGUAUCGGUAGAAAAUAC